UGUCAAUAUCAAGUGAAUUUAAAAUGGUGAAAGUGCAUAGUAAACUCAAUUUAAAAUUAAUAAAAUAUGAGUUUUAAUAUUGAAGUAAGAAAAAAGCAGUUGCAUAGUUUAAAUCAGUAUAUCACAUCUUCCAAAGACAAAGUUGACUCUAUUUUAAGUUAUUUAGGUUGGACAGGAAGAGAAGUUCAGAAAAAUACAGAAAAAAUAAAUUGUCCCAUAAACACUAAACAUAGAGUGCCAAUUGAAAAAAUAGAAAAACACGUUCAAAAAUGUUGCCUUUUAUCAUCUGGUUAUGAAAUUGAUGAACAAUUUUUAUCGGAACCGCAAACACCCUCUUCUAGUUCGAUUUUAUUAGAUGGACCAAAAAAAAUAGAAAUUCUUAAUGAAGCUCGACAGCAUAAUGUAAAGUUUAGACCAGCUUGGAAUGGACUUGAACCAGAUCCUAUGACAGCUAACAGAAUCGUAACAACAUUUUCAACAGAUGAAAGACUUGCCAUCUAUGACUAUUCUAUCAAAAACACUGAAGCUCCACCAGCACCAAGUGAAUUCUUAAUGAAUGGUGAAGAUAGAAGCAAAAAGGAAGAAUUGUUAACAGAAGAAGAACGACUAGAAAAAGAAAGAAACGCCAAACGACGCCCAGUCAAAUACAAAUCGGUUCAUACGGACAGCAACAAAAGUCACACGGAAAUCAUGAGAGAAGUAAUUCAAAAUCAAAUGUUACUAUUUGAAGAUCAUUUGAAAGAAAAACAAAGAGCGGAAGAAGAAGCUGAACGUAAACGUCAGCAAGAAUUAAUAGAGAAGGCUCAAGCCUACGAACAAUUUCCACAUAUUGACUCGAACGUGGUAUAUGAUUAUGGCAUAGAUCCAUUUGAGGUGACUGACAAUAGUUUUUUGGAAAAUAGUUUAAACGGUAACAUCAGCUUUAAUGUCAGUUACGAUUAUGAGGCUGAAAUACCAAUAAGAGUAGAAAAAGACUGCAUAAAACCUGCGAAGGAGGUUAAUAAUCACAUUGAGAAAGAUAAAUCUGAAAAACGGGACGAUCACAAAAACAGACCUAGUUCUAGGCAAUUGUACAGAGACAGAGAUAGAAGACACAGAAGCAGAGAUAGGGAUCAUAAAAGGAAUUACGAGAGAAGAAGAAGCAGAGAGAGAAGAGAUUACCCCAGACGAAAGGAGUCUUAUCCUAGAUCUGAAAGACGGUAUUAACGUAUCGUUCAACUUAAAUGUUAAGAAAUAAAUUAUUUUUAAUAA